CUCCUACUCAACUCACUUCUUGCCUCUUCCCUCCCAUUGCAAUUUCCUUUAUCUCUUUACCUCCCUUGACCGUCGCGGAACAGACCUUACUUCCUUGUCUCUAUCUUAUUUUUUUAUUGUGUUGCGCACCCUCAUACUUUAUACCCCCAGCGCAUACUAUAUCAUGUCCUCCCAAGAACACCGUGAGGCCGAUGACGCCUACAUCCAGGCCGACGAGGCCGAGGAAAUCUUCCACCGCGAUGAAGAUCAGCCCAUGGAGUCCGAUGGCGAAGACGAGGACCAGCCCAUGACCUAUGAAGAACAAGAGAUCACAUUGGAGAACGACUCCGCCGCCCACUUCGACAGCCAUACCGACUCGGUCUUCUGCAUCGCGCAGCACCCCGUCCACAACCAGAUCGUCAUCACCGGCUCCGGUGACGACAAGGCCUACAUCUUCGACUCAACGCCAAAUGCCGCGCGCCCCCUCCUCCCUCAGAGCUACGAAUCCAACCCGCAACCGAAACAAGAGCGCGAGUCCCUGCAGCCGCUGGCGCAGCUGGUCGGCCACACCGAUACCGUGAAUGCUGUUGCUUUCACCGAGCCCAAGGGCGAGUACGUCGUGACGGCCGGCUUGGAUGGCAAAUUGCGCGCCUACCGGGACUCCACACCCCAACUCACGGGCGUCGCGUGGGAGCUGGUCGCUGAGACGCAGGAAGUCGAGGAGAUCAACUGGCUGGCCGUGUGCCCCAACGUGAACGGCGACGAGGAGAAGAAGAAUGUGGUUGCCAUCGGCGCCAACGACGGCAGCGCCUGGGUCUUCCGCAUCGACCACACCGACGCCGCCCAGCCCAUCUCCAUCAUCCAGACCUUCUUCCAGCACACUGCCUCCUGCACCGCAGGCGCCUGGACCCCCGACGGCAACCUGCUGGGCACCGUCUCCGAGGACGGUAGCUUCUACGUCUACGACGUCUUUGGCGUCGCCGCGGCCGCCGGGGUUGCCUCUGCCGCCGGCACCAGCACCGUCGUCGGCCUGACCCCCGAGGACCAGCGCUUCGCCGUCGACGGCGGCCUGUACUCCAUCGCCAUCUCCCCCGGUGGUGCCAUCGCCGCCGUCGGCGGUGCCGAGGGCCACAUCAAGGUCGUCGGUCUCCCCCGUCUGGCGGCUGCGGGCGGUGCCGCGGCCGGCAAGGCCAAGGGCAAGGCGGCGUCGCAGGCGCAGACCGGCGCCUCGGCGGCCGGCACGCUUCUCGCCUCUCUACAGGCGCAGUCCGACGGCGUCGAGACCCUAUCCUUCUCCUCCCCACCUUUGACCCUCCUCGCGGCCGGGUCGGUCGACGGCUCGAUCGCCCUCUUCGACGCCGCACACCGCUUCGCCGUCCGCCGGCACAUCCGGGAGGCCCACGAGGGCGCCGUCGUCAAGGUUGAGUUUCUGCAGAACCGCCCCGGCGUUGGCUCCGCGCCUCCCCGCCCCGGGGCUGCGGCCCCGCAGAGCCAGUCGUGGCUGCUCACGACUGUCGGCAUGGACGGCAUCGUGAGACGGUGGGACGCCCGUGGUGGUACCGCGGCCGCUGCGCACGGUCUCCUGAAGGAGUGGAAGGGUCACUUGGGCCUGAUCGAAAACUCCGAGGGCGAGCAGUCGGGCGGUAUCAUGGCGUUUGUGCAGAGCCUGGAUGGUAAGCGGGUGGUUACGGCGGGUGAUGAUGGCAUCUCCUUGGUUUUCGAGGAGUAGUUUUAUGUAUUUGGUUCCUUUUUGCUUUGCAUGAUAUGAUUAGACUGGAAAAGUCAUGUAUAGACAUGUGCAACGUGUUUGGAUCGGGGAUGGUUGGGGUUCUUCUAAUUUUAUAUGAAUGAUA